AUGAGUACCUCUGCCACGUCCUUGUCUCCGUUGGGAAUGGAUCAAGAGUCUCAACUUGCUGGGCUUCCCUCGCCCGGUUAUGGCAGAGGUGCUGUAGUAGGCAGGGAUGAUUCCGAUGAAGAAGAGUUUGUAUAUCCUGGCGGAGAGGACAUAACGUCUGGUAUGGAUGGAACAGAUGCGGAUAAACAGCCGUCGAAAGUGGCUUCGGCGCCUGGUGCCGAGGAAGAGGAGUUUGUCUACCCUAUCACCGAAACGGAAACGGGUAUACACACGGAAGGACGGACAAGUUCGCCAUCGGCGGAAGAAUAUCCCGUGCCUCCCCCUCAAGAAACGUCUCUGGUGCACCCCCAUCCAACACUGGCUCAAUUGGAGGCGCUCUACACUGCUGCGUCAUCCGGGGAUUUGCACUUAUUCCAGAACGUUUUCCGCAAUACCCUCGAGAGCGCCAAUCUCGAGCCCUUCACGCUAGCGAAUGAUGCGUCAUCUCGUACGGGUCUGAACUCCUUGCAUGCUGCUGCCAGCAGGGGUCAUCUUGCAAUUGUGAAAUGGCUCGUGGAAGAGUGCGGAGCCAUGCCAGAUCUAGAGGAUAAGGAAGGCGAGACGGCCGUACACAAAGCUGCCCUUAAUGGGCAUUUACCUGUCAUAGCAUACCUCCUUCCGGAGAAGGCCGACGUUCACGCUCAAGAUGCCGAUGUGAAUGCUGCUUCAAAGGGCCAUCUACCUGUCGUCCUAUAUCUCCUUACUAAACAAUCCGCGGACCCUCUCGUGCGCAAUAAUUGGGGAGAAACUGCAUUUGAUGUUGCUGCUGCGGUAUUCGAAAUUUAUAUCUGCGAGGUUCUAUUGAAAGCCGAAUCUGAGCGAUGGCGUGGUACCACGGUGCCGUACAACCCUCUACGCGUUCACACUACAGUCCCUCUCGUAUUAUAUGAGAAUCAGCGCCUUGACGUCCGAUUUAAGACGCUGGCUAUAUCUGGUGGCGUACCGAAAUUCUCUGCAUCAGGUCUUGGCAGGCGAGGGCGAAGGGCGCCUUUCGAGCUCAAACUGCCUGUACGAGAUGAAGAAACCGGCAAGAAAUAUGUUGGAGCGUGGCGGAGUGAUGUGCAGCUUCCUUCGCGUCACGACCCAUGGAUAUUGCCUGCCCCGAUCCAUCACGAUGGGCCCGUCCAGGACAGUGCUGAACGCAGUCAUUUCUGGCUCUCAGAUUGGACGCUCGAUGUCACGCAUCCCGGGGUUGACGCUGAGGAGGGAUGGCAAUACGCGCGGAGCUUCGACGAUCCCGAAGAUCAGUGGGCUGCGGAGCCGCCUCCUCCGCUCCAGCGACUGCUUAGCGGUAGUGGCGCGAUGACUGCUGGACUUGGCACGCCGACAGCUCGAAGUAAUAGCGGGUCUGGCACUUCCACACCACACUCCCACAAAUGGGUUCGACGUAGACGAUGGGUUCGGGUCAUGCGAAGGCGCCUGGAUAUACCUCCCAUGCCAUUCCUCCAACCCGACGGCAACAUGUAUCACCUUGCAGAGGAUGGCACGCUCAUCCCUCAUUUUCAGGAGGAUGAUUACCACACAGGAGGGGCUGAUGGACAGGAAUUGGGUUCUAUGCCAGCUUCAGCGCUUGGAUUGGCGAACGAUUACGUUGCUCGGGCACGCUACCUCGCUGGGACGCCGCACCCAGACGCCGAUGGCUCAGCGUCCGCCCUGGAGGCGCGACGUGCCAUUGCUAAACUGGAGAGAGCUACAACCGAAUUACGUCAGGGUAUCCUCGGUGAUUCCGACGCGGAACGUCGGACGCAAGGCGAAGUGUUGCUGAACGCAUACAACAGGGAGCUGCAAAGACGAAGGCUAGCCGCAGGUGCACAAGGACUGCUCAUCUCAGGGCAUGUAUUCCAAUACGGCGGCUCAUUUUUGGCAGCCGAAGAUGACGCAGAGGAAGACGACGAUUCAGAUGAGGAGUUCCAUUAUCCUGGCGCUUCUCCCGUUGAGACUCCUCGUGCUGGUCCAAGAGCGUCAUCGUCCGGAAACUCGGAUUACUUCAGCUCCCGAAUUCCGGGUACCUACUCACGAAGCGCCUCAGAAAGUGAUGACCCCGCGAUGGGCUCCUCCAACGCCUCAUCAUAUGCACGCCGUAUGGGAGCGUGA